AUGGAGCCAGGAUUCAACUGCUCUGAGCUCUGUGAUGGCAGCUCCGGUUUUGGCAGCCAGGAGCAGCAGCAGCGGGUGCUGCAGGAGCUCUGCACUGUCACAGUGACAUCUUCUGACCGCAGUGGGAAGAGCUCCCCAUCCUUCUCUGCUGCCCUCCUGGGAGUCGUGUGGACAUUCCUGACUGGAGGAGUCCUGCUAGCGCUCUUCUUUCUUGUCUUCACAAUUCGCUUCCGCAAGAACAGGAUCGUGAAGAUGUCCAGCCCCAAUCUGAACAUCGUGACUCUGCUGGGCAGUGGCUUGACCUACACUAGUGCUUACCUCUUUGGGAUUCAGGAGCAGAGCCUGCUGUCCGGAGACUCAGUAGAAAAGCUUAUUCAGGUGCGGCUCUGCCUGUUGUGUGUGGGCACCUCCCUGGUGUUUGGCCCCGUCCUGGGGAAAAGCUGGCGGCUCUACAAGGUCUUUACCCAGCGGGUGCCGGACAAGCGGGUGAUUAUCAAAGACCUCCAGUUGCUGGCGAUGGUGGCAGUGUUGGUGCUGGCAGAUGCCGUGUUGCUCUUGACAUGGGUAUUCUCUGAUCCAGUCCAAUGUUUCCGAAGCCUUAGCGUCUCACUGCGGGCGACAGAGAAAGGCAUGACCUGCUCCGUGAGCCGGGUGCAGUCCUGCGCAUCUCUCUAUUCCGAUCUUUGGCUCGUUCUCAUUUUAGGGUUUAAGAGUAUCCUGCUGCUGUAUGGGACCUACUUGGCUGGUCUGACCGACAACGUCAGCUCCCCGCCAGUCAACCAGUCCUUGACGCUCAUCGUUGGGGUCAACCUCGUUUUCCUGGCUGCCGGUACUGUCUGCUUAGUUCACCGCUUCUUCCGCGCUUGGCACAACUUGCUGUUCGGUUUUACCUCCGGAGGCAUCUUCGUGUGUACGACCACAAUCAACUGCUUCAUCUUCGUCCCCCAG